AUGGGCAACACAUCCAGCUCGCAGAAAAUAUCAGCUCAGGACAAAGCAAUCCUUGACCUAAAAAACCAACGCGACAAACUCCACCAAUACCAAAAACGCAUCACCGCUCUCACAGACCGCGAAACCCAAAUCGCGCGAGAAUGCCUUGCCCGCAACGACCGGUCACGCGCCCUGCUGGCUCUCCGCCGUAAGAAGUACCAGCAGUCCCUACUGGCGAAGACAGACGCGCAACUUGAUCAACUAGAGCGGUUAACGGGCAGUGUCGAGUUUGCCCUGGUGCAGAAGGAUGUGCUGUUUGGGCUGAGCCAGGGGACCAAGGUGCUGCAGACGAUCCAUAAGGAGAUGGGGGGCCUCGAAGCGGUGGAGAAGUUGAUGGGUGAUACAGAAGAAGCCAGGGCGUAUCAGGAGGAGGUCAGCCGCAUGCUGGGUGGCCAAAUGUCCAACCAAGACGAGGACGAGGUAGAAGAUGAGCUCGAGGCAAUGGAGUUGGAAAUUUCCGGCCCGGUCAGUCUUCCGGAUGCGCCUACAUCGGCGCUGAACGAGGAGGCGGAGCUGGAGAAACAGGAGAAGGCCAAACAGCGUGCCAAAGCCAGGGCGAGGGCGAGGGAGAGGGCGGCCGUGCCGAUGGAAGCUUAG